CGCUAGUGUCAAACUAUCUCUUUUCUUGCAGACUAUCUUCAUAUUGUGAUGAGCCUGAAAAACACUAGGAGGACAAUGAGGAAUGGUUUCAUGUGCCCCUCCGAGGCAUCAACAGCAGUUUGGUCUGUGGUUGUGCCUCGGAGUAGGAGUAAGAUACAUAAAAGAAGCGUUUCUCUGGAUGAUACAAGGUUGAUCAACUGUUCCAGCUACUCCAAACUUGUUCACUCUGCCACUGCCACCUUCAAUUCAGCAGCUCACAAGAAAUGUGACUCUCUCUCUUCAGCAAACAUCCAGCAGAGAAGCCAAGAUCAAGACAAUGGAUCAAGCCAACUUCACAAAACGACAGCAGAUCAAAUCUUCCAGGUGGUUGUGAUGAGGGUCGCUAUUCACUGUGAAGGAUGCGCUGGUAAAGUGAAGAAGCAUCUGUCUAAGAUGGAAGGAGUCACAUCAUUCAGUGUAGACGUGGAGUCGAAGAGGGUGACAGUGAUGGGAUACGUUUCUCCGGUGGGAGUUCUUCAGAGCAUUUCUAAGGUCAAGAGGGCUGAGUUCUGGAAUUGUUAGAGCCACUAAUCUUCCAAAUUUUUCUUUCUUUUACCACUGCAACAUUUCAUGUUUGUGCUUAGAUUCAUGUCGGAUGACUUGGUAUCACGUUAAAAAUAUCAACUUUUUUUAAAUUUUAAGCAAAUCCCA